AUGGAUAGAGAGUGCGACGAUGACGAAAAUAUCCAAUUACUUAGUGAUAUUGAUCGUGAACGGACUACAAGUGACUCGAAUUUGAAUAGUGUUAUGGUUCACAGAACUGCCUCUCAGGAUACGAUAGUGUUUAAUAGCAAGAUGAUGAAGACCUCCACCCUCACGGAAGACAUGGGCGCCACGUGGGGAGGCCGGAGGUCUCUGCCGGACUCGGGCAGGCUGCGCCGCGUGCACUCCUGGUCUGGAGGACCUCCAGAUGACAUUAGCUCCGAGAUUAUUAUAUUGAGAGAACGGUUGGUUCGGACGCAGGCCCGCCUACAGCCGGGGGCAGUGCGGCACCUCUCCAGCCGGCAGAGGCUGACGCUGGCUUCCUUAGCUCUUGUGGACUUCAUGAGUUUCUGUUCCAUGAGUGUGAUGGCGCCGUUCUUCCCCCGCGAGGCAGCAGCCAAGGGCCUCUCAGAAACCAUGUGCGGCAUUGUGUUCAGUUUCUAUGCCAUCGUUAUGUUCCUUACAUCGCCUCUAUUUGGAAAAUUCUUACCAACGGUUGGCGCAAAGUUCCUAUUUACGGGAGGCAUGUUUGUCGCCGGCGCUUGCAAUGUAUUAUUUGGCACACUUGCGUUAAUUGAAGACGCGCAGAUGUUCACGAUACUCUGCUUUGUGGUGCGCGGGAUGGAAGCUCUCGGCGCGAGUGCCUACUCCACGGCCAGCUAUGUGUUCGUGGUGAACACGUUUCCUGAUAGCAUAGGCUCGGUGCUCGGCAUCCUUGAGACGUUCAUCGGUCUCGGCAUGUCAGUCGGACCAGCCAUCGGAGGCCUUCUCUACACGAUCGGGGGCUUCGGGCUACCAUUCUACACUCUUGGCGUUAUCAUGGUGUUGACUGUGCCCAUCAACUUCUUCCUGCUCACCGAUUGCGAAGAGUAUGUGUCCGGUUCUAAAACGGCUUCAAUUAUCGCUUUGUUCAAGAUUCCUUCGAUAAUAAUAACGGGUCUUGUGAUAGUGAUUGUGUCCAAUACCUGGGCCUUCCUAGACCCGACUCUGGAACCACAUUUACGCCAAUUUGGCCUCUCCACCGAGCAGAUAGGGUUGAUAUUCCUACUAUUCUCCAGCCUCUAUGGAAUAUUUAGCCCUAUUUGGGGUUGGGUUGCAGAUCGGGUGCACAAUCACUGGUGUAUGAUGGUGUGGGGUUUGUUCCUAUCUUCAGCAGGAUUGUUACUUCUAGGACCUUGUCCUUUCAUACCGGGACUACCAAGAGACCUGUGGCUAGAUUUAGUAGCUUUAUCUAUUCUGGGUAUGUCUGUGGCUUUGACACUCUUGCCCACCUUCCAAGGAGUGUUAACUAGUUCUAUUUACGAGGGCGGUUGCCCCGAGGCGCUGACGACGUACAGCGCGGUGGCGGGCGUGUGGUCGUGUUGCUACUCGCUGGGCGAGGUGCUCGGGCCGGCGCUAGGGGGCGCCCUCACCGAACGGUACGGGUUCCCGCUCUGUGCCACACUAUGUGCUGCUGGCUGCUUUACUAUGGCAGUAGUAACUCUAACAUUCUUCUCUCUGCGCGAGUCCCGUAAGUGCACGCAGUCGAGUGGCAGCGCGUGCGACUCGAUCCCGUACACGGACACGACGUGGAACAGCACCAACUUCUGUCGCACGCGCAGCGCGCCGCAGAGCUUGGCGGAACAUGCGCCGCUGAUUACACCAUGUUCUUGUUACAAUACACACGGCUUUACUUACGGAACUUCUCCUCCGAAACAUAUCUGUCUACUACACAACAAGAGCAAUAAAAGCGGAUACGCUAGUAUCGCUGAAAUCGCCGCGUACAUACUCAAAUUUCAAUUCGUCACAAGUUUCUACAUAAAGAUGAGGAAAUCACGACGAAAAGCCGUCACACCUCCACCCUCCAAGCCCGUAGUCGACGAAGAAUUGUACCAAAACUACCUUGAUAAAGAAAAUGAUGAAUCCCGUAUAAAACAACGCAUUAACUCAGAUAGUUACAUUAAUAUGACCAAGAAAAGCGAUAAUUACUGUUCAUAUUUAGAAGACGCCAUCUUCGGUAGUCCUGAUAUCAUGAACAAUGUGUCGGCUGAUCAUUUGAAAGUUAAGAAAUACAACACGGGGCUAGUUUCCACAGAGAAGCGCUGCGAAACUGAGAAAAGGACCACGUACGAAAUAAUACGACAUAAUCUCGAGAAAGUACAAUUUUAUGAGCAAGAUGAGUGCCCGGCGUUUGAAGAUAUUUUUGAUAGUUGCGGCUGCAGAGAUGGUGUUACCUACGUACGAGGCACAGUGACUGUGUCCUCCACUGGCGCCUGUGAAGUGUAG